UGGAGUGAGAUGGGAGAUAUGUAUUGUUGCGGGUAGUGUUUAGUGGUGUGUAUCCAAUCCCAACAUCAGAUACAUAUCAGGCUAAAUAAGACGCAGUGGCACGCCUGGCCAUGGACAGGCCCAGCCUGAUGUACGACUCCGGGGAGACGGACGGCGACGCGGAGCGCCAGGUGGUGCUGGCGACGGGCGCGGAAGACCCCAACGCCAGUCAUCAGGUGGUGCUGGCGACGGCGGCCGAGGGCGCCGGCCGGCAGGUGGUGCUGGAGGCGGCGGCCGAGGCCGCCGGCCGACAGGUGGUGCUGGCGACGGCGGCUGAGGGCGCCGCCGGCCGGCAGGUGGUGCUCGAGCUGCCGCAGGGCGUCGACACGUCCGAGGGCGUCAUCAUGCAGAUCGAGGGCGACAAGAUACACAUUAUCACGCCGGGCUCCCAGCUGGCGGGACACCCGCUCGGACUGGCCGUGCAGUCGAUGAUGGGCGACGGCGCGGCGAGCGGCCCCACCGUCCCUUGA